AACGGUCAAGUUAAGAACCUUAAAAACCAGGGGAACAUACUUUGCAUACAUUGAGUACUUAAAACUAGCAAACUUUGUAGGAAAUUAAUUCAUUUGGUGUGGAAAAUUAUAUGAUCGGUGUGGAGGGUUCCGUUUAGCUAGUAAUCGUAAGCCGAAUUUCAAAAUCGAGCAAGGCAGCGCUGCCGCCGUCGCUGCUGUGUAUCGCUACACACACGUAUUUUAUACGAGAAAUAGUCAAAUUGAAUAUACAUAAUUGUAAAUAUCGAGGUGCUCGUCAACAACAAUGUCCGCGCGUAUGCUGAAGAAGUUGCAGGGCGCUGACAAGCUGCCGCCGCCGCCCGAUGACGAAGAGGGCGAGGAAUUGAGUGACAAUGACGAGCUGGAGGACAACAAUACUGUCAGAGAUCGCAAAUCGCAUUUAAAUCCAUUUGAUCUGUUAAAUCAGCCCGGACUGAGUCUCUCGGAGAGCGAGUUCAAGGAGGAUGACAACGAAACGGAACAUCCGUCGGCUGCAUUGCCCAGUGCCGCUGCCAAAAAGAAGAAAAAGAAGCGCAAGAAGAAGGUCAAGUCCAGCGGCAAUCACAUCAGCAGCGAGGACAACGAGCGGCAGGAUAAGUACUUUGAGAAGGAUCCAUUGCUGGGCAAAGUGUACGAUGCAGUGCCCAGGCAAUCGAUGAAGCAGCAGGCAGCUGCUUCCGCUGGAGCUGCCGGCGGAUCGAAGAAGCUGCUUAGCGUGGAGUUGCGACACCUAAACUCGCAUAACGAGAUGCGACGCACCUUUGGCAAGCGGGUGGUCAAAGUGGAAACCAAGCGGGGCCGCCAGAAGCCCACUCUGAAGUCCACCUACAUGGUGUCGGCCAGGGAAUCGUGGCCACCGCUGACCAAGAACACCAUCACGAUGCAACUGCUGCCGACAAUCGAGUUGCCCGGCUCGUCAAAGUCCACGAAGAGCAGCAGCAACGAUGGAGUGCAGUGGUUCGCGUUCGAGCAUAGCCAGUACUACCAGGGAGUGCAGCACAUGUUCCUCUCUGCCCUGGAGCGCAUCGAUUCCGAGUUCCUGAUCACGCUAAUCAAGCGCUGUCCGUAUCACGUAGACUCGCUGGUCCAGCUGAGCGAGGUGUGCAAGAUGACCGAGGACUUUGCCCUGGCCGCCGAGCUGCUGGAGCGCGCCCUUCUCCUGCUGGAGUCCUCGCUGCACAUCAACUUCAGCCUGACGUCGGGCAACUGCCGCCUAGACUAUCGUCGUCAGGAGAACCGCUCCUUCUACAUUGUGCUCUUCAAGCAUGCCCAAUAUCUGGAAGAGCGUGCCUGCAGUCGCACAGCGUUUGAGAUCUCCAAGCUGCUGCUGAGCCUCCAGCCAGAAACAGAUCCGCUGGCCAUGAUUCUGGUCAUCGACUACUAUGCCCUAAGGAGCAAACAGUUUGGUUGGCUGGUGGAGUUCUACGAGGAGUACAAUGCCACGCGGAAUCUGUCUCAGCUCCCCAACAUGGCCUACUCCUACGCCCUGGCCCUGUACACGCUGCACGGCGCCUGUGAACGCUCCAACGAGGCUCUGCAGUACGCACUCCUCAUGUUCCCGGCUGUGCUGAGGCCAUUGCUCGACGAGAUGUCUGUGCAGACGGACAAGCGCGUGUUGGCCUCGUCAUAUUUCUUCUCGGACGUGUCGGGAAAUCAAUCGCCCGCCCUGCACCAGCUUGUGUGCUUGUAUGUCUGCCGUGCCCGAGUCGUUUGGCGUUCGACCGAGGUGCUGCCCUGGCUGGAGUCCAAUGUCAACGUCGUGCUCGAUCGCAUCGACAGCAAAGACCCCGUCGUUAAUGAAUACAAAGAAAAACGAUCUGUGCGCUAUGGCGGCACACCGCCACGACCCAUUCUAAGGCAUGUGAUACUCUCCGACUACAAGGAGAAGGUUCCGCUGGCCGUCUUUGUGGCCAAGGAGAAGCAGGCGAUUAUGACCUACGAUCCACUGCCACCACCAGACAGUGUCAAUUGCUAUCAACGAAAGUCUUCAUCCAGCAGCAGUCCCACAAACAACCCCAACAACUCUGUAUCGAUGUUUUUCCAAUCCCUUUUGCCAUCGUUCAAUCUGAAUAACAUUGCGGCAGGUCAACAACAACAACAGCCCCAGGUGGCAGGAGCAGAAGCUGAAGCAGGAGCUGCCGCAGUGGAGCCCGGCAGGCCAGCCAACGGCGAAGCCGAAGAAGUUGGCCUGCAGCAGUCGCUCACUUUGAUGAUGGAUGCCAUGCGUGACUUUUUGCAAAACUUUCGCGUAGCGGAGCAUCUGCGCUCCCCGGAAACGGCAGCGGCCCAAUCGAGCAGCAGCAACGACGAGGAGGAGGGCUCCAGCGACUAUGUGGAUUAGUCAAUUAUUUAAAGUUAUGGCUUGGAAACAAACACCGAACCUUUUUGCUAUAUUCCCUCAGCUAAAGCGACACCGUCACAAAAUUUAUAUACAUAUAUAUAUAUAUAUAUAUAUAUACAUACAUACAUAUAUUAGAGCAAUUUGAACGAAACACACACAGACACACGAACAUAUAUGAACGAACAAUGCAUUGAAUAAAAAUUUUCCAGUAAAAGCUUCCGGAUCAAAGGAGCGAGCCACCGUUUUGAGCUUAAA